AUGAAGACAAUCAUCUCUUUCCUAGCAGCCGCUGGCGUAGCCCACGCCGCCGUCCAAGGAUUCGACAUCUCCCACUACCAGUCGAGCGUCAACUAUGCCGGGGCCUACAAUUCCGGUGCUCGCUUUGUCAUGAUCAAAGCAACCGAGGGAACCACAUACACAGACCCGUCCUUCUCAACCCACUACACGGGAGCCACCAACGCCGGCCUCAUCCGCGGAGGCUACCACUUCGCCCGGCCGGACACCAGCUCCGGCGCCGUGCAGGCUAACUACUUCCUCAAACACGGCGGCGGCUGGACAAGCGACGGCAUCACGCUCCCGGGGAUGCUGGAUAUCGAGUACAACCCGUACGGCGCGACUUGCUACGGGCUCAGCGCAUCCAGCAUGGUGUCGUGGAUCUCCGACUUCGUCGAGACCUACAAGAGCGCCGUCGGGCGGUACCCCAUGAUCUACACCACGGCCAACUGGUGGAGUACGUGCACGGGGAACAGCGCCGCCUUCACCGACUGCCCGUUGGUGCUGGCCCGCUACUCCAGCUCCGUUGGCACCAUCCCCGGCGGCUGGCCGUACCAGUCUAUCUGGCAGAACUCGGAUAGUUACGCGUACGGCGGGGACUCGGAUAUCUGGAAUGGAGAUGAAGCUGGGCUUAGCAGGUUCGCGAAGGGUUGA